AAGCGCGGCGGAUACUUCAGCGAUACGUAGUCGAUCUUAGAGCUAAACGAAACCAAGGCGAACCGCGAUGGCCCCUGAACGCCGUCUCCAUAUUUCCCGGACGGAACAUUCGAUUCUUGACAACGAGUUCUCAAAUGUCCGCGAAAGAUUCGACCAGGAAAUGCGCUGGAUGGAGGAUGAGAUGGAAAGGUUCCGCACCCAGCUAAGGGACCACGACGUUUUCUCGAAAGGACCCACUAGCCAGGCGAGAACCUACUUCGACUUAAACUCGCCCCUCAUUCAGGAGACGGCCAAUGGACGUGAGAUCAAGCUUCGUUUCGACGUCAGCAACUACGCUCCCGAGGAGAUCGUGGUGAAAACCGUCGACAACAAGCUUUUUGUGCAUGCCAAGCACGAGGAGAAGAGUGAAACCAAGAGCGUAUUCCGCGAGUACAAAAGAGACUUCAUGCUCCCCAAAGGAGUUAGUCCCGAGCGCAUCACAUCUUCCUUGUCUCGUGACGGGGUUCUGACAAUCACGGCACCGCUUCCCGCGAUCGAAGAAGCUCGCGGCGAGAAAAUGAUCCCCAUAGCUCACCACUAAAAGUGGAAGUCGAAACGGCAGACUGAUGUCAUGGGAGGUAAUUUUGAAGCGACUUCCGCAGACUGUCAGGAGACGACGCGAAGGACCGGAAGGACAUAGGAGUCUCACUGAAUAAUCCACUGUUUGAUGCUUCGCACGUUCUUCAAAAACUUCUCAGAACUAGAUUCGAUCAGUAUCCGAUUACUCAACAGGACUUCGCCGCGAUCAAAUUCGCACUUGUUCAGCUUCUGUGUACCCUAGUGAAAGCUGUUGUGAAACUUCAGAGCUGCUGUCGAAUUCCGAUGGAAUGUUUCUCUGAUCGUGCCUUAUAUUGUUUUAUUAUUAUAAGAUCAGGUCGUGAAUUGGGCCGGGAGGUUCGGGCCCUAGCCGGCUCAGACGUUUUCCACCCUCAUCAUUCCAUCGGGAAAUUCCCUCCGGGAAUUUUCGAGUUCAUCAUGGUGACGAGUGGGGAGUGGAGUUGAAAGCUCCCGAGUUGAAAUAUGGCGAUGUAGCAGACGCAUUCGGUCGCAUCGGGGAUGGAGGGUGGAAAACGGCGGUUCUCGACUUCUUGCGAUUGGAUAACGUAAGCGUAGUGCGGAGUGCCCUUGUUCGACCCCCGUGGCUAGCCUGACUCGGAGAAGAGGCGUCGUCUUUUUCUUGGAGAGAAAAUUCCCAACAGCAAUAUUUCAUGACUUAUUCGAAAUAUCCUGGAUAACAAUUAUAUAUGAAUAAAACCGUUGUCCCGAGAGGAUCA